AUGAGCAAUUUGUUCAGCUUGAUAGACGAGCUACAGAGCCCUGCAAACGAAAUAAGAAGCAGAGCUGAGAAGCUUCUCCAAGAUACACUUAUAACUGGACAUCCAGAUGAUACACUCUCAGGAAUAGUAGAAGUGGCUGCAACACACCAAGUUGAACAUGUCCGUUCUUUUGCUUUGGUCUUAAUAAGAAGACUGGCAUUCCAACGUCCAGACCAAAGCAACCCUACCCAAGAACUCUGGGCAGAUAUUUUACGCCACGAUACGAGACAGAAAAUUUCUUCUGUUCUCAUUAACCAACUUGGCACUGAACAGGCGCAAACUGUUAGAAAUAAACUUGCGGACACACUCGCCGAACUCGCUAGAGAUAGCCUUAGUCGCGGUCAAAGCUGGAACGAGCUCGCGAGCGCAUUAUUCCAAUGUGUAGCGAAUGACCAACCAUUUAUUCGCGAAUCAGCAUGGCGUGUCUGGUCAGGUGUACCUGUUAUGCUCAUGGAUAUGCCAAUUGAUCAAUUAAAACAACUUUUCACUCAAGGUUUGCAAGAUGCAGACAUCAACGUUCGCCUUACCGCACUCAAGGCCUUCUCUUCAACGCUCAUUGACUCCGAUAGAUCAACACGUAUUCAACUCUCACCUAUCUUGGUCAUCGCUUUUGAGUUGCUCCCUCCGCUCGCGACUGCUGGUGAUUUCGAUAGCCUUCGUCCAGCAUUACUUACUUUCACUUCACUUGCAUCUUCACAUCCCGUUCUCUUCGAAGCACACGUCAAUAGUAUACUGAAUUUUGCUGGAGAGAUUGCUCAAACUGACAAUUGUCCAUUCGAAGUUCGUCAACCUGCUUUAGAGCUUUUAUUGAGUUUAGCAGAAGGUAUUUCAGCAACUUGUAGAAGAAACUCAAGAUUUUCAGAAAUUUUCAUCAGAAUUUGCUUAAAAUGGUUAUCAGUUAGAUCUUCAGAUGAAGAUUGGGAGACGACUGAAGAUCUCGAUGAUACACCAGAAGAAGAGGAACCUGCACAAGUUGGUGAAGAGUACAUCGAUAGACUUUCAACUGCAUUAGGUAGUAAGGCUGUAUUACCACCUGCGUUUGCACUCAUUCCAAGCAUGAUUUCAUCACAAAAUUGGCAAGAACGUCUUGGUGGUCUCAUGGCUAUUGCAUCUAUCGGUGAAGGUUCCUACAAAGGUCUUCAUUCAGAACUUGCUAAGGUUAUGAGCCUCCUUGAACCUGCUUUCAGUGAUGCUCACCCACGCGUUAGACAUGGUGCCUGUCACGCGAUUGGUCAACUCUGCACUGAUUUCGCAGAAAUCCUUCAAGAAAACUUCUAUGAUCCAAUUCUUAAGGCUUUAGCUAAUUUACUUCAAGAUCCAUCAUCAAGAGUUCAAGCACACGCUUCUGCAGCACUCGUAAACUUCUUUGACGCGCCACCUGAAGUUGAAGUAUUUGAACCAUACUUAGACGGCUUAAUUGAAAGAUUAUUACACCUCUUAGCUAGUAGCUCAAAGCGAUAUGUCCAAGAGCAAAGUAUAACAACAAUCGCAACAAUCGCUGAUGCUGCAGAGGAUAAAUUCGGCAAAUAUUACUCAACUGUUAUGCCACUAUUGAUUAACGUUUUAGGCGCAAACCUUAGUCCAGAAUUUAGAAUGAUGAAAGGUAAAGCUAUGGAGUGUGCAACAUUAAUUUCGCUUGCUGUUGGACGUGAAACUUUCCUUCCAGACGCUAACAAAUUAGCUGAAUUAUUAGCAGUUAUUCAAAAUCAAGUAACUGAAAGUGAUGAUCCACAAAUUAGUUACUUAAUUUCAGCUUGGGCUAGAAUAGCUGGUGUUAUGGGUGGUGAUUUCGCACCAUAUUUACCUUCAGUUAUGCCACCUUUACUUGUUGCAGCACAAAUCAAACCUGAACUGCAAGUUGCGGACGAUGAUGAAAUUGAUAAAGACGCUCAUCCUGAAUUGGAAUGGAUGAGAAUGGCUGAUCAAAAUGUUGGUAUUCAAACUUCUGCACUUGAAGAUAAGAAUACUGCAAUGGAGACACUCGUCAUUUACGCAACUGAAUUAAAGGAACAUUUCGGUCCAUAUGCUAUUCAAGCUCUUGAAAUCGCUUUACCAAGUUUGAAAUUCUAUUUCCAUGAUGGUGUAAGAGAGGCUGCUUCACACUUAGUUCCACAAACAGCGGAGAUAUCUAAACUUACUAAUCAAGCUAAUGAAGAAAUUAUUGAUACAACCUUCGCAAACGUUGUUGAAGCUAUUAGCGAUGAAGUUGAUCCAACUUUCCUCGGCGUACUUGUUAACUGCUUCUAUAAGCUUGUUUCAACUUUCGGUUUACCAAAUCUUAAAGAACCAAUUGCAGAAACUUUCACAAAAGCCAUUGAACAACAACUAAGGGAUUUACAUGAGAAGAGAACUAAUAGAAUACAGAAGUUUGGUAAACAUACAUCAGGUGGUGACGUUGAUCAUGAAGAUUUAGAGAUGGUAUUAGAGGAAGAAGAAGCUGAAAAUGGUGCACUUGAUGAAAUUAGUGCUUGUUUGAAAAUACUUGACUCUCAAUCUGGCUUACUCGUCGGUAUUGGUACAGUUGCUCAAAUGGAAAUUGGUCCUGAAUGGGAAGAUGAAGAGUAAAGAGUAAAUAUUACAGAACAGGAUAUACCACACUCCUUUUUAAUUAGAUAAAUUUAAAUUUUUUUCCCUUUAUGCAUCUUCAAU